GUGACACAGGUGACAGGUGACAGCAGCAAAUCUCUAUGUUUCUCGUAAAAACAACCAAAUUCAAUGGCAAGUCACUUUUAGGAAACACAUCUGUGCUUUGAGUGCACGGAAAAAUUAUAAAAGUUGUUACUGUUUAAUAACAAAAUGAUUUCUGGUAGUUUUCGACAAAUUUCGAAACAAUGUUUUCAGAGGCUAGGUUCACCUGUUCCAUCAACGAAACACCUAAGAUUUCAAAAUUACGGCUCUGAUGUGAUUGUGCAUUCGAAACCUGUCAAAUUAGCUUUCGUCUCUUAUGAAUCGAUGAAAGAUACAACACAAAAUUCUCAAAUGUUUCCUAUUAUUAUAAUGCAUGGCCUGCUGGGAUCAAAAAAUAACUGGAACUCUUUAUCGAAAAGGAUUCAUAAAGAAACUGGACGCAAGGUAAUAUGUGUAGAUGCAAGAAACCAUGGAGAUUCGCCACACUCUUCUGACAUGACAUAUCAGCACAUGUCCCAAGAUAUUGUAGAUCUGAUAAAAGACCUUAAGGCCAAGAAAGUGAUUUUAAUUGGCCACAGCAUGGGAGGCAGUACAAUGAUGUACACGGCUUUAAAUUAUCCGGAAUUAGUGGAAAAGCUAGUUAUUAUUGACAUGAAUCCUGUAAGAAUUAGCCCAAGUCUCACUGAAAUGUUAAAAAUCUUCCAAGCAAUGAAAACUGUGACUCUGGAUGGAAAUCCGUCUUUAUCUAAAGCCAGAAAAAUGGCCGAUGAGCAACUUUCGGCUUCCGUUCACUCUGAAAGAAUUCGACAGUUUGUGUUGAUGAAUCUUGUGGAGGCCGAAACAGGAAUUUACAAAUGGCGAGUAAAUUUGCCAGUUCUCGAGCAGAACUUUGCGAAAAAUAUUGCUGUAUUUCCAAAUUCUGAAAAGAAAGUCUAUCUAGGACCGACUUUAUUUAUUGGUGGUGAGGAAAGCGAUUACCUAAAAAAAGAAGAUCACGAGAGGAUAAACAAACUAUUUCCUACUGCCAAAUUCCAAUACGUGCCCGAAGCAGGUCAUUGGGUACAUGUAGAUAAACCCGCCGAAUUUUUAAGCACUGUGACCGAGUUCAUUAGAAGUCCUUAAUGAUUUAAAACGAAUUAGCUAACUCCUGUGGCGACACAGGUCUUGUAAAUUAUAGAAAUAAGUGAAUCGUGCUUGAUUAAUCUUGAGCAGAUUGUAAAAUCUGAUUUUAAAAAUCGAAAAAUGAAAGUAAACAAAUAUAAUUCAACUAUUUUGUUGAAAAUUUAUUUUUGUUUUUG